UGGGAAGCAUAACUAAUCUUGAGUGAUUUCGCCACUAUAAAUUGGGAGCCCCAGCUCAGAGCCUCUCUCUCUCUCUCCUCGUGUCAAACACAUUCUUUCCCACUUCUGAGAAGCAGAGUGCUUGCAUUGUCGAUGGCCACCAAAGUCUACAUUGUGUACUAUUCUAUGUAUGGACAUGUCGAGAAACUAGCCGAAGAGAUAAAGAAGGGAGCUGCAUCUGUCGAAGGAGUUGAGGCCAAACUAUGGCAGGUACCUGAAACACUACCAGACGAGGUUCUCACAAAGAUGAGCGCACCUCCAAAGAGUGAUAUUCCCGUUAUCACACCUAACGAACUCGCUGAGGCUGACGGCUUCAUAUUUGGGUUCCCUACAAGGUUUGGUAUGAUGGCUGCCCAAUUCAAAGCAUUUCUUGAUGCUACCGGAGGCUUGUGGAGGACACAGCAACUAGCCGGCAAGCCUGCCGGAAUCUUCUACAGCACUGGAUCUCAAGGCGGUGGCCAAGAAACUACACCAUUGACGGCUAUAACUCAGCUUGUUCACCACGGAAUGAUCUUUGUGCCCAUCGGAUACACCUUUGGAGCAGGCAUGUUUGAAAUCGAAAAAGUAAAAGGUGGAAGCCCUUAUGGAGCAGGAACCUAUGCUGGCGAUGGUUCAAGACAGCCGUCUGAGCUUGAACUGCAGCAGGCUUUCCACCAAGGGAAGUACAUUGCCGGGAUCGCAAAGAAACUUAAAGCUGCUGCGGCCUGAUUUCUUCCAGAUACAAACAUACCGUUUGCAUUCAUAUAUAUUUUUUCUAUGGAAACAUCUACAUAUCGUCGUAUAAGAUGCAAAUGUAAUUCUUGCUCUGUUUCAUGUGUUCUGUUCACUACAGUGGUCAUGCCAAUAUCUUUUGUGUUCUAAGACUCAUGCGCUCUAUUCUUUGUUACAUCUGCUGCGUUCUGUAAUACAUUGUGUGGAUGUGGGUUUUGCUUUCCGAGGAUUUACUGUCA